AUGGCGACCGCAUCCAUGCCUGAAAAUGCGAUGCCGCCAGCGAUUCAUAAGCUUGAUAAUAUAGAGGCAGCGAAACGGCGGGCAGCGUACAAAGCAGUGGAGGACCAUUUUGAUACGUCCUACCGCUAUGUCGGAAUUGGUUCUGGCAGUACAGUUGUCUAUGUGGUCGAGGCAAUCGCGGCCAAGGGCAGAGAUGUCACGUCCAAGAUUGUGUUCAUCCCAACUGGGGACCAGAGCAAGCAAUUAAUUAUCGAGGCUGGGCUACCGUUAGGCAGCAUCGAUUCUCUGCCACCUGUUGAAAUCGAGCAUUCGAAGCUGGAUGGUCUUUCAGCACUACAAGUCGCAACCGGUUUACAAGACCUUGGCUUGAAAGGCAAACGCCAGAGUCUCGACGUAGCCUUUGAUGGUGCGGACGAGAUUGACGAGGAGUUGAACUGUAUCAAAGGAGGUGGAGCAUGUCUUUUUCAGGAGAAGCUUGUUGCGACGGCUGCGAAGAAGUUCAUUUGCGUUGCAGAUUCGCGAAAGCUUCAGCCGCGCCUACUCACCAAGUGGAAAACAAUUCCAAUCGAAAUUGCACCGUUUGCUGCACCGACGAUUAAACGUAUUCUCAUCACACUGGGAUCCCCAGACCCCGUCAUCCGACAAGGUGGCAGCGCCAAAGCUGGACCUGUCGUUACCGAUAAUGGCAUGUGGAUUAUGGAUGCUCCAUUUCCCCCUCUUCUCCUCGCCUCCGACCUCAAGCAUGGCGAUCACGGUGACGGAGAGAAUGGAACGUGGGAGGUACACCACUUGGGACGCCGAUUGAAGAGGAUUGUGGGCGUCCUGGAGGUUGGCCUGUUUCACGGUAGAAAUGGUCUCCAAGUUGCUAGCGCUGGUGAGGAAGGUGGCGGGCAGAAACCAGUUGCUGCCUAUUUUGGCAUGGAAAAUGGUGAAGUUGAGGUUCGAAAUGCAGCAGAAGUCCUUGGUUCGAAAUCUCGACCCUGA